UUUGCAACUCAUUGAUGGACAAUAACCUGUUUAUUCUAACAGGGACAUCCUGGUCUCCAUAAGCCUGACCGUGGUGGGAUUCUGCAUGAUGCUGUCCACCAAGAGGCAUGGUACCAGCAUCCUGACCGUAAAGGAAAUCCUGGAAAAUGGCUUUGUGGCUGGGGUCUCUAGCCAUACACGUUCUUCUCCUGUCCAGAGUUAUUACAUGGAUGAUAGCAGUGCCUCCAAACCGGACACCUGGGAGUUUCUCAUGGACUUGGACAAUGCAACAAAAAGCAGUUCCCCUUGCGUAAUCAAGCAGUCAGAGUCUCUGAGCAGCUGUGUGAAGACUGACCUGAACAGCCUGACCCAGGGUGUCUCUGACCUCAGUCUCGUCUGCUUCUGCAAGACCAACCACAGUCAGGCUGCCUUUGACCUGUCUAAUUUGCCUUGUGAGCACCGCAGCAGAGCCAGCUCCCUGAUGGAUGUGGCAUCGCAGAACACCUCAACGCCAUGCAAGAAAGAAAAGUGCCCGAAACCACUGGAGAGCCUGCUCUCCAAGAGCAUCGAGCUCAUCGGUGACGUCUCAACCCUUGGGAAGAUGCCAGCACCCGGAUGGGAGAUCUCAGCAAUAAAAGCCCCUCUGGAUACCAGCCUGUCCCUUGAUGUCAGCAGUGAGGAGUUAAGGCUACUGGGAUGCUCCAAACUGGACACUCCAUCCCUGGAGACCUCUGUAGUAAUUCCUCUGGCGUGGCCUGGUGGGUUCAGGAGGCACCCUACGCUGAUCCACAGGACUGUUGCCCCUGAGAGCCAGCUGAACGACCUUCAGCCCAUCCCCGAGUUUUUCCCCCCCGCUCUGUGAGGCUGCCGCUGCCCUGGCUCCGCGCCGGAGCACGGCGGGCUGCGGGGCGCCCGCCCGGGGACCUGCCGCGCUGCCGAGGAGCACGAUGCGCACAGCGGAUCCCUGCUGCAGCACAGAAGAUGCCGCCCCCCUGCCCUGCCCUGAGCCAGGGGCUUGCUUGCUGAUGGCACACCGGUGAAAGGCUAAAUGCUCCAGCCGGGGGUGCCCGGAAUGGCAAGCUGCUCGGGGCCCUGCUGAAGCGCAGGCUGUGCACGGCACCCCUGGAAGGCAGCGCCCGCUCAGCAGCAGCCCUCCUGGCUCCCCCCUCCCUUCCCCGACCGCUGUCUCUUGUCUUAAUGCAAUAAAGAUAUACA